AUGAGUCCAACAUAUGACCAGAUGCUUGAAGCUAAGCAGAAAUUCAAACCAGUGAGACGAUACGGAAAGACCGAUUACUACCACUAUGUUACCAGGCGGAGUCUUAGAUAUAAGAACUACCUCAAAUUCGAGAGCGACAUAUUCGCAGACAUUAUCAUCGCCGAAUAUAAAGUCCGCCAAACACUCCAAGAAAAAGAAACCCUCGAGAGAAAAAUCCGGGCAUUGGAAAAGCUUCCAGAGAACGACGAGGACGAGAAACGACUUCAACUAUACCAUCAAGAGCUAGAGAUAGUCAAACGAAACCACGGUUUGAAUGAGCAAAAGAUGUUCGCCGACGAAUCGAUGAUCCCGCCAGGGCCCUUGAAACGGGACUACGAUGCCAUGAGACAAGAUCCAACCUGGUAUAUUCGGAAAGAGUUAAUCGAGGACUGCGUCGGUAGAGGCGGUUGCUGCGCGCGUGGUUGUGACUGCUGCAAGAAUCGUGCAUUCGCUUACUAUAAGAGGGGUGUUGGACAUUGUACAGCGGGCUGUGGGUGCUGUGCAAGUGAGAGGGGGGUUGAAUAUACUGCUGGAGAGAAGCAGCGGACUGUAGAGCAGCUUGAUAAGAUGCUUCGAUCGCAUAAUCCGUCGUAUGUUGUUAAGAUGGCGGAGGCUUAUUUUGCUAAACCGCCGGAGCAAAAGGUACCGGAACAAGUACAGAAGGAGAAGGCGCAGAAGAAGAAGGCGUGGUGGAAACAGCUGCUUUAA